GUUUGUCAUUUUGAAAUCAAUAAUAUAUUUAUUAUUUAAAUAAUUUAAGUAAUGUGUGCUUUGGUAUCUGAAUCUACGCAAUAUUAGCAACAUGAUUUAAUUUACCCAUUUUUGCUUAACAACUUAAUAUUUUGAUAUUACCUAGUCUAAAAUGGCCGUGAACACAAUAGGAAUCCUUUUGAGAUUAGCAAAGUUAUGGAGACUUUUUUUAUCCUUUCUCAUGUUGCUCGUAGUAUACCUUCACUACACGCACUACUUCUAUAGAGCUUCAGAUACAACCACAAAAUCACCAGACGACGACGACGAUCAUCUGAAAGUAAUACUUCUCUGGAUUCCACCGAAGUGCGUUGACUGCAGUCCACUCAACAACUUCAAAAGGGGCCGUAGAAUAUUUGAGCAGCACAAUUGCGAGUACACGAAUUGCCAUAUUAUGAAAAGUCACUCUUUCUACAACGACAUAGACUUCAAAGAGUUCAGUGCGAUACUAUUCAGUGGAAGAACCAUCACACACACUCCCAAGGAAGACCUUCCUACUACACGUAAUCCUAGCCAGGUGUACGUGUUUGUCCAACUGGAGUCAAACACUCGCUAUCCAGUGUGCGAGAAGCGUUAUGAUGACUUCUUCAACUGGACUAUGACGUAUCGUUUGGACUCUACCAUCCCCUGGACUUACUUUGUGGUAAAAAACAAAACCGGAGCGGUGGUGGCCCCCUCAAAUAGUGUGAGUUGGGUGAAAGAUAUGGAGCCGAUAUCAAUAAAGUUUCAGUACGAACUGGACAGUAAAUACAAACUGGCAGCCGCUUACAUAAGCAACUGUGAAGAUUCUAGUCGCAGAUUAUUUUUUAUAAAGACAUUGAAUCAGGAACUUCAAAGAUACAAUACUGAAGUGGAUGUCUACGGCGACUGCGGCAAACUAAAAUGUCCGAAGAAUGAAAAGACUACAUGUUUGAAGAAAUUAAAAAAUAAGUACUUAUUCUACUUAGCGUCCGAGAAUUCACUCGCUACAGACUAUGUUUCAGAAAAGGUUUUGAACGCUUACCAUUAUCUCACAGUACCGAUUGUGUAUGGAAUGGCUAAUUAUACCAGGUUCUUGCCUCCCGGAUCAUACAUAAACGGCCUAGAGCUGGGCCCGAAGCGUCUGGCAGCCGCAAUGAACAGCGCCUUCGAAAACAGAACCCAAUACUACAACUACUUCUCGUGGCAUAAUCACUACACUAUAGAGGAUAACUACAAAAACGCCAACGUCGCAUGUGACUUGUGUGCCAAACUGAAUACGAAUAACAGGACAGAGAGAACAAGGCAUUUCAGAAGAUGGUGGAACCCCUCAUUGAAUACGAAAUGCCAGAAGGUCUAUACGACGACCAAGGAAUGGUUUUUUGUCAAAUACACAGGAGUAUAUUCUCAAUUACUUCAAGGCGAUAGUAAUGUUAAGCAAAAAAACUAAUAUAAUAUUUUUCGGAAGGUUUUUAAAAGUUUCAUUAUUGUAUUUCUUACAACAUUUUCAUAAUGCAAAUAAAAAUAUAUUUAUACUUUC